AUGCAGGCAUCAGGUGCAGCCAUCAAAGCCUUGAUGCAGCGUACCUUGGACACAGAUGACGAUUCGCGCAGGCGACGGCAGGAGCUCCGCGAGCUGGAGAACAUUGCCAUUCAGGCAAGGAUGUUUGGCGGUGGUGGUCAAGAAGUGGAUGAUGCAAGGGACAAAGCAGAGUCCGACAGGAAACCGCCCCCUGCCCCAGCAGCUCAGUAUGGCAGAGCUGUGUCCAUUUCAGCUGAAGCUACAAGGAAGCCCGCGGCAGCUGUCAGAGUGGAGAAGGGCAUUCUGCAGAUCGGAGAUGUGUCUUGUCCAGUGCGGAUGACAGCCAGGCCCGAGCUGGUCCCAGACGUGGUCUUCGUUAAUAUUCCACAGCAUGUUGGCAUCUUGAAGAACAUGCUGCUUGAUUGGUCUCUGGGUCAUCACCUCCUCCUUGUCGGGAAUCAGGGCGUUGGCAAAAACAAGCUGACGGACCGACUUCUGGGACUUCUGCAGUGUGAAAGAGAAUACAUUCAGCUUCAUCGAGACACCACUGUCCAGAGUCUGACUCUUGCACCGAGCUUGAAGGGUGGAGUUGUGGUGUGGGAAGAUUCGCCACUGUUGCGAGCGGUCAAAGCUGGCCGUUGCCUUGUUGUCGACGAGGCUGACAAGGCUCCUUUGGAAGUCGUCUGCGUUCUGAAAGCCUUGGCUGAGGAUGGAGAGCUAAGUCUCCCAGAUGGGCGUACAGUUGUUCGCGCAGACGACACGCGUUUCGCUAAUGCACCUGAAGAUGAAGUCGUCAGGAUGUCCAGAGUCUUUCGCCUUUUUGUGUUGGCAAAUCGUCCUGGCUACCCCUUCAUGGGCAAUGAUUUCUUUAAGGUCUGUGGCGAUGUGUUCAGCUGUCACGUGGUGGACAACCCUGACAUUGCUAGCGAAGUGGAGCUGCUCGCGAGUGUUGGCCCUGACGUGCCAAAGGCACGGAUCAUCCAGCUUUCGUUGCUGUUCGCGGAGCUACGCGAGCUUGUCGAGUCCGGCCAGCUUGCAUAUCCCUAUUCAACCCGAGAGCUGGUGAAGCUUGUAAGCCAUGCACAGCAAUUUCCGAGAGAUGCGCUGGAAGAAGUGGCGGCUGGUGUCUUUGCAUUUGACGUUGCGGACGCCAAGAAACGGAAACCGAUUCUGGAGGUUUUGCAGAGGCAUGGCAUUGCAACCACGGCACAUGGAGUGCGCCUUCUUGAAGGCCACCGGUCUCAAGGCAACAUGAGCCUACGCCUGGAUGAGCAAAGAGACAAGUCCAAGGAUGUCACCAAUCCAGACAAUGCAAAUGGAGAAAGUCCACCAGACAUGGCAGCAGGAGGUCCCAAGCAUGGAGAGUGGGAUGGUCAGGAACACAUUGGUGGCAACAGAUUCGCCGGCGGCAGCGGAGGCACUGGAACUGCAGGACUUGGAGGUCGCUGGGGUCCUUAUCGUCUGGACGUUGGACAGAAGCUCGUGCAGGUCUCGGAAGACAAGAAGCAAGGCUUGGAUGAGGCCACAAAGCGCAAGGCGCAGCAAAUGGCUGACGAAGCCUAUCGGAAAAGGCUGGCUGAAAUGAAGAUGUCAUUGAAAGACGGAGAAGCUUAUGCAGCACUUCGUGAGCAAGUCACAACGCAGAUUCAGGAAAUGAAGGUCUGCCUAGAAAGCCAAGUGGCCCGGGAGCACGAGCGACAAUGGCUGAAGAAUCAGACAGUGGGCGAGCUAGAUGAAAGUCGUUUGGUGGACGGGAUCACAGGAUGUAAGACUGUUUACAUGCGACGCGGGGAGCCUGAAGGGGAGCUCUUUGGCCGAAGCCAGCAGCAUCCAAAGCGCUUGACCUUCGUGAUGGACAUCAGCGGCAGCAUGUACACCUUCAAUCGAAUCGAUCGACGUUUGCAGCGCUUGCAAGAAGUUGCAGCCUUCAUUUUCGAGAGCUUCGCCGGCUUCGAGGACAAGUACGAUUACCGCAUGGUUGGCCACAGUGGCACCGGCCCUGAGGCUGAGCGGCUUGUCGAGUGGGGCAGGCCUCCACGGUCAGACAAAGAACGUUUGGAGAUUUGCAAAUCCAUGGAGGCCCACGCUCAGUUCUGCUAUCCCGGCGACCAUACAUUGGAGGCCACAUCUCGCGCAAUCGCGGAGCUUGGUCGACAGACUGCAGACGAGCGUUUCCUGCUCGUUGUGAGCGAUGCAGACUUGCAGAGGUACAACAUAGACGUUCGGCAAUGGAAUCAGAUCUUGCACAAGGAUCCGGCCAUAAAGGCUUACGUGAUUCUCAUCUCAAACAAUGUGGAUGAGGCUGAGCGGAUAAAAGCAACCUUGGCGCCGGGAAGAGCGCACAUCUGUGCGGAAACAGCUAGCUUGGCGGUCACUUUCAAGCAGAUCUUCAAAGACAGCAUGCUGCCUCAUUGCAAUUUCUCUGCCUUGGCGGUGGAGGAUUCUUAG